AUGGAGUCGGAGCCCAGCAGCUCCAGCUCUCCGCUGCCGGACGGCAUUUCUUCGAAGCGCACGCUUCGGCACCCGCCCACGCGGAAGUAUCUGCCGCCGGAGCAGGGCGAUGAGGUUGUAGUGCGAUAUUCCCUGGCACUUGCGGGGCAACAGCUGCAAAGUACAGGCGGCGACAGCAUCGCCUUCACCAUUGGUGCUGCCGCCAGCCAAGGGCCGCCCCUGCGGGUGCUGCAGACGCUGGUCCGGCAGCUGUAUCAAGGUGAGGACGCGGAGUUCACCAUUGAGCUCGGCAUAUUGGAGGACCUAAGCUUGGACGGCUGGGCGCCGAACACCCAGACACAGCUGCAGCUGGAACUGGUGAAAUGUCCCCUGCGGGAGGAUCUCUUCGGCGAUCAAGGUGCCAUCAAGCGCAUCAUCAAAAGCUCUGAAGGUCGACACCCAAAGGAUGGAGAUGAAUGUCAGGUGUCCUACAAAAUCACUGAAAAAGGUGCCGCCGGUCCGCCCCUCUCCGUGGAGGAAGGUGUCUACAAGAUCGGCGGUAUGGCGCCGCAGCUAGGGCAACUGGCACAGGUCUUUGACAAAGCUUUGUUGUCGAUGAAGUUGAAGGAGGAAGUCGUGGUGACAUGCCGCCCCAAUGGCCCCUUUGGGCCGAAAGCCGGGCUAAGUUUGGAGAUCUCCUUGACCUUAGAGGAGAUCUUCCAAGUGCACGAUGUGAGCCUAGGCAAGUACGAUGGGGCGGUGCUUCGGAAGCGGCUCAAGGAGGGUGCUGGCCCGCACCGCUUGCACGACACGGGCCGUGUGCGCGUGAGGGUGCUCACUGUGACCUCCAAUCGUGACAAGGUGAGUGGCCGUCCCUUCGAAGUGAGUUUUGUGGCAGGAGAUGGUGAGGUCUGCGACGCAAUGGAAGGAGCAGUUCUUGGCCUCCAGGAAGGUGAUGAGCUCAUGUUGCGCGUCAUGGAGCCUGCCUGCUGCGAGGGCUUGAUCGAGAUCGAGACACCAUUGGAAGCGCCGGUCAUGGUGCAUUUCACGGUGCUAGAGGUUCAGCAAGUCCCCGAAAAGUGGGACCUGGCGCCUCCCGAGCGCUUGGAGCGGGCCGUUGCGCAGCGGCACCUUGCAGGGCGCUUGUUUCAGGCGCAACGGCUGAGGCUCGCAGCGAAACACUACCAGGAGAUUGCUUCGUUUCUAGCCCGGCCGGAAGAUUUCAAGGAGCAGCGGGCGGAAGCCUUGGAGCUGCGGCGCGUGGCCUUUCUCAACGAAGCCGCUUGCAUGCUGCAGCUGGGAGAGAUGUCACAUGUCAAGGAUUUGUGCGACAAAGUGCUGAAAGAGGAGCCGGAACAGCCCAAGGCGCUCUUCCGCCGCGCGAAGGCGCUGCUGGCGCUGAAGGAACAUCAGGCUGCGGUGGAGGAUUUGCAACGCUUGAAGGAAGUGGAUCCAUCGAAUGUCGCAGGGCAACGCUUGCUGCGGAAAGCCAAGGAGGAGCUGCGAAAGCAGGAUCGCGUCUCUUCCAAGACCUACUCCAAGAUGUGCGCAGGUCUGGGCGACUUCCCCGAAGACCUUCGGGCGCCAAAGACGUCGCCAAAUUCGUUGGUGGAAGCGCCGGACUUGGAGGAGGAGUAUGCCAAGUUGUCGCGCGAAACUGGGGUGCCAUUGCACCGCCUGAAGCCGGUGAAGCUCAAGGGUUUCGUUCAUCGCAAAAAGAGGUCGAGCGUGCAGUGCAUGCCAUGCAGUGCUUUUGAAUCUUACCUCAACACUGGUGGCGCGGAGCUGCUGGUUGCGACCAGGGAUGACAAGUCGAAGAACGUGGGAUGGUUGACAGAUGCACAGCUGCGCAACUUCAACACCGCGGCGGUUGAGCGCAUGACGGCUGUGGAUGAUGGCCGUUGGGUUGGGACUCACUUCAACAAUGAGGAUGAGAACGGUGGCUAUGGCUGGGGCCACGAUGAAUGGCCACCGAGGAGCUCAGACAAGCCGUCCGAGCGCCUGAAAGUCCCGACCUUUGAUGGUGGCGGAGAAGAACAUGAUGUUGGUCAUUCGGCCAGAUCCUACAUACGUCGUGUGCAGGUGUGGCUGCGCUGCACCAAGAUGCCGGCCCACCAGAGGGCCUUGGCACUUUACGAUGCCUUGACAGACCGUGCUUGGGUCUAUGCGGAGGAGCUCGAUGUGGACAUCCUGGCGUCCGAUGGUGGCGUCAGGUAUUUCCUUGAAUGGGUGCAAACACGUUUCAUGGAUGUGGAAGUGACAAAGAUCGCGCAGAUGAUGAACGACCUCUUCCGCAAGUGCAAGCGCAGGGGAGGACAAUCCGUUAGGGAUUUCAAUGUGGAGUUCGAGCGCAUGGUUUUGCGGUUGCACGAAGUGAAGUGCAACCUUCCACCGUUGAUCAAGGCAUGGCUUUACUUGGACAAACUGAGGCUAUCAGAGCACGAAGAGCUAGCGCUCUUGGCUUCAGUUGGCAAUGAGUAUGACGUCAGGCGACUCCAACAUGCAGCCCUUGUCCAAGAUCGCAAUGCUCGUCGCAACUCCAAUGAGGGCUGGAAGGGCAACAAUCACCAUGAGACUGGCAAGGGCAGAUGGGGCCGUCAGACGGUCCACUUGACCGGCCUGGACGAUGGCUCCAGUGGAGACGAUGAGGAUCCACUGGGCGGCCGUCACCAUGAGAGUGAGUCUGACCUGAUGGAAGAGAAUGUUGCGGAGGCUCAGCACUCGGCAUUCAUGGCCUAUCAGGGCGCCAAAGCAAAGUACAAAGAGGCCAUCAAGGGGAGAGGCACAGAUCCUGGAGAGCUUGAGAAGAGGGCCAGUGAACGGCUCCGUCUUGCAAAGCAGCGGUCGUAUUGCAGUGCAUGCAAGAGACGCGGCCACUGGCAUAAGGAUCCUGAGUGCCCCCUUCGAGGCCGAAGCGCUGCAGCUGCUUCAGCCCCACGAGAUGGAGUUCAACAAGCUCAGAUGUGCCACACCGUCAACAUGGUGCGCACGUGCCUCGCUGCUGAGGGCCUGUCUGAGACCCACCAUUCAAGUGAGCCGGCUUUUCAACUUGCUAUAGUGGACACCGCAUGUUCAAAGUCAGUAGCUGGCUAUGAUUGGUUUGAAGCAUUUUGCAACCAGUCUGAUUUGCUAGGUCACAGUUUUGAGAUUUUGGAUGAAACCGAGCACUUCAAGUUUGGUGCUUCCAGGGUGCAUCGUUCAGCGUUUUCCAUUUGGGCAUGGUUCGGCAUAGCUGGAAAGUGGGUCGCUGUCAAGAUAGCCAUUGUCCACUGCAAAGUGCCGUUGCUUUUGAGCCGACCUGCCCUAGCACAGUUAGGCAUGACUUUUGAUGUAGCACAGCACCAAGUCAACUUGAAGAAGUUGAACGUUUGUGAGAUCCCGCUGAAGCAGAGCACUACCGGUCAUCCAGCCUUAGUUGUUUCAGAUUUUCCGGCUGGCAGUCCUCCAAUUUUGGACGCCGCAGCUGGGGACGAAGUGUGGGUGCCCGCUCAGGAGGUAUACAUGGCUUGCCAGUCCGUGGGUAGGGAGACAUCUCUUGCAGUUGAGCGUCCUUCAGAAACUCUCUUCUACCCCAAGAAAAUCCCUCUUGAAGUUGAGAACAUGUUGCAAACCUCUCCUUUGCCCUGCUCUUCGUUUUUUGCUUGGUGGAGUCAUGCGAAUCAAAGUCGAGAUUUUUGGAUUGAAACCGAGAAUGAAAUGAUUAGGGUUCAUGUGGUCCCUCGCAAAUUCAAGUUUGAUCCAACCAAAUGGUCCACCAAGAAUGUGGAGCAGAAGAGCCAGUUGCUUGCAUGUUUAGAGGGCCAACGCAUUUCAGAACGGAUGUCAUGUUUGUCCGAUGGAGUGUUUUUUGAAGUCGAAGUUGACUCAAUCAAUGACGGUGGGGCUGUGGAAGACCGACAUGACCAAUGGAUCGGCCGCAGUCGUUUUCAGAAGACUGCUCGAGCCUUGCCAGAUUUCCACAAGCUCGCCGAUGUCCAGUCAGCAGAACCUGCAGUCGCCAUGGAAGAUGCAUCGCGACGAGUUGCGGGCGGAGCUGCACAAGCGCCAAGUGCCCUUCCACUCUUCUUGGACGGUGCCGGAGCUUCGAGCGGUCCUGAUGGAGACCCGUGCUCAGGACCCAAACUGCCAGAAAGUCACGAACCCCAUGAAGGGCAUCUCAAAGAUGAAUCUGAGCGAGCUGACCCAAAUGGCUCGCGAUGCCCACAUCGAGCUUCCUUCGAAGCCCACACGCGGCUGGCUGAUCCUGGCUCUUCGCCAGGCCCGCUCCACGUCGGCAGAGACGGUGGUGCCUUUUGGGAAGUUCAAGGUUUGGAUGUAUCGGGAGAUCCCUUUGGGUUAUCGGUCAUGGGCCAUAUUGCGGAAGUGGAGACUGUGGGGGAGGCAGCGGCUCACCCCGAUCUGGUCCGCCUCGCAACUUGGGCCAAGGACAACUUGGAGACAACCGAGGAGGCUGCCAAGCAGACGAAGAGCCUGGCCAAGGACCCAGAAGCAGCUGCGAAAGUUCCGGUGCCCAAGCUCAGCGAUCUGGGUUACCGCAGCUCAGGCAGCGAUUGGAGCAAGGUGUCGUCGUGUCCGGCACCACGUCGGGCUCGCAACCGGCGAACCCAGCAGGAUGUGGAAGAGCUGUCCUCGGACAUGGAGGAGGAAGAGAAGGGGACGGCCGAGCAGAUCGAAGCUUUGGAAAAGAGGAUUGCGGCCCUGAAGAAGAAGGCGGCAACCUAG